CGCUCCAUGACGUGCUACCGGCGGAUGCAGGGCUGUGAGGUGAGGCGCGGUGAGCUGCGGAGCGUGUCCCUUCACAGCUGUUGUGUCUCCGGGUGAGGGAGCGAGGCAGCCUCGGAGACGUCGAGUGUGGUUACGUGGUUUCUCGGCUCUCUGCAGGAGGACGCGGAGCUCAAGCUUGAACACUCCCGGUGUUUUUAUGGUUGCGAUGAGUGAGGAGCCCGGCCCUUCUCAGGAAGCUGUCUUUCUCUCCAGGAGCUGCUGAGUGAUCUGCAGUCGGAAGCAGGGCCUGACCUAAUGGUGUGAGAAGGAGUAAGAGCACUGCAGGUCCUGCAUGAGUGUUGGUGAUGUGCUGAGCAUCAUCCUGCUACAGAUGCAGCAACAAUGUCGAAUAAGGAGGUGAAGGCAGCAUUGAAGAGUGCUAGAGAAGCCAUAAGAAAUAAAGAGUAUAAGGAAGCCCUAAAGCACUGCAAGGCUGUUUUGAAGCAAGAAAAAAAUAACUAUAAUGCUUGGGUAUUUAUUGGCCUGGCAGCUGCUGAGUUAGAGCAACCUGAUCAAGCCAAAGGAGCAUAUAAGAAGGCUAUUGAACUUGAACCAAACCAGUUACUGGCAUGGCAAGGAUUAGCAAAUUUGUAUGAGAAAUCCAACCAAACUGAUGUCAAAGGAGACUUAGGAGAUGUAUACCAAAAGCUCUUGGAACUCUAUGAAAGUGGAGACAAGCAGAAAUGGUGUGAUGUAUGUAACAAGCUGGUGGAACUAUAUCACCAAGGAAAAAAAUACUUAGAGGCAGCAGAAAUAUGGCAGAAACAAAUAGAAUUAAAAAAGGAAGGAGGUGCAGAAAAGGCAGAACUUCAUCAGCUUUGGAAGAGGAUGAUCCAGUUACUGGGAGACAAUGCGCAGUACCAGGAUAAUAAGACUGCACAACUGCUUUUGAAUGCAUAUGAAGAGGCACUGAAAUCUGCCGACACUGUUCCAAGUGAAAACCAUCAAAAUCUUUACAAAGACUUUAUUCAGUGCUUGUCGAAAUUUCCUCAUGAAGCAGCUAGAUUGGAAAAAGCUUGUGAUGAUAUGGUGGCUUUAUAUCCAACUGUGAGUUAUCCUCUAGAAGUACUUUGCUUGUACUUCAUUCAGUCAGGUACUUUGUCAGAAGAGGCCUUGCAGUAUUUUUCUAAGCUUCUGGAGAUGGACUCAAGUAGUGGUCCAGGCAUCAUUGGUUUUGGUAUCAAAUGCCUCCAAGAAAAGAAAUAUAAGGAGGCUAUUAAGAGUCUUACUGAAGGUUUGCAGAAGGUUAGCCAGUGUCCAGGAGCAUGGCAUUACUUGGCAGAGGCACAGAUGAAAGUUCACAAACACAGGGAUGCUGUCCUGUCCUGCAAUCAAGCUCUCAAGAAUCUUGAAACCGCUGAGGGUCCUAGUUUGCAACGGAAGAACCUUAUCCUUCAGUUGAAAGCAGAGGCUUUGAUCAAAAUAGCUGAUGCUGGAGCUGCAGAAGAAGCCAUUAAUGCACUCGAGCAGGUUGUGGGAGCGAGCAGUGAUCCUGUGCUUUUAGCUUUAAGAGGUCGUGCAUAUUUAAACAAAGGUUUAGUCGAUGAAGCUGCAAAGAUUUCACAAGAGCUUCUGUUGUCACAUCCUGAUCUAGCUGAAGCCCAUGCUCUUGAGGGUUUCAUCCAUUAUUCUCAGAAGAAAUACGAGCAGGCAGAAAGAAGUUUUCAAAAUGCUAUUGAAAGAAGGACUGAAAUUGCUGAGUAUCAUCAGUAUCUGGGGCUCACUUAUUGGUACAUGAGUGAUGAGACCAAAAAAGAUAAAGGAAAAACACUCACUCACUUCUUGAAGGCUGCAAAGUUGGACAGCUACUUGGGAAGUGUCUUUUGUUAUUUAGGUAACUACUACAGAGAUGUUAUUGGAGACAAAAGUAGAGCUCGUGGAUGCUAUAAAAAGGCUUUUGAACUGGAUGGAACUGAUGAAGAAUCUGGAACAGCAGCAGUAGACUUAAGCGUGGAACUUGGGGACACGGACACUGCUCUAUCCAUUUUGAAUGAAGUAACUGAAAAAUCAAAUGCUGGUGCAGCAAAAUGGGCUUGGCUUCAUCGUGGACUUUACUACCUCAGAACUGGUCAGCCGUCAAAAGCAGUGGCUGAUUUGCAGGCAGCUCUCAGGGCUGACCGGAUGGAUCCCAACUGCUGGGAGUCUCUAGGGGAGGCUUAUGUGAGCAGAGGUAGCUAUGCAGCAGCCCUGAAAUCCUUCAGGAAGGCCAGCGAGCUGAACCCAGACCACGUGUACAGCAUUUACAGAGCUGCAGCAGUUGAGCAGAUUCUAGGCAAAUAUGAAAAUGCUAUUGCUACCUAUCAGGAAAUCUUAGAGAAGACAGGAGAGUAUGUACCUGCACUUAAAGGACUUGGAGAAUGCUAUCUCAUGCUGGCAAGGUCUGCCCUUGAGAAGUAUCUUGAUAUGAGGGCUCUGGGUUACAUAGAGCAGGCUCUUGAAUUCUUUACAAGGGCAACAAAGCACCGACCUGAUAUAUCUUCCCUUUGGAAACUGCUUGGUGACACCUGUACUAGUGUGCAUGUCAUUUCACCAACCAAAGUGAAUGUUCAAGUUCUAGGAUCGCUUCUGGGUAAAAAUGACAGCAAACAGAUGUUGAAGAAAAGUGAGCUGCUCAGACUGGGUGGAAGGUGUUAUGGCAGAGCUUUAAAAUUGAUUCCUUUGCCUAACAUAUGGUGUGAUCUUGGAAUAAACUAUUAUCGACAAGCAGAGCACCUCACAGCAGUGGGCACUGACAUGAAUGAGAUCAGUGAACUACUAGAGAAGUCUUUACAGUGCCUCAAAAAAGCUGUGAGGCUUGACAGCAAAAAUCACCUUUACUGGAAUGCACUUGGUGUGGUUGCUUCCUGUAGUGCUGUUGGGAAUUAUGCUCUUGCUCAACAUUCGUUCAUCAAAUCUGUUCAAGCUGAGGAAACCAAUGUUGUCGCCUGGACCAACCUGGGAGUUUUGUAUCUAGCGACUGGAAACAUUGAGCAAGCUCAUGAAGCCUUCAAAGUAGCCCAGUCUCUGGAGCCUUCUUACCUGAUGUGUUGGAUUGGGCAGGCUCUUGUUGCAGAGGUGAUAGGCAGCUAUGAUACUAUGGAUCUCUUCAGGCACACAACUGAGCUUAGUAUGCAUACUGAGGGUGCAAAAGGCUACGCCCACUGGGUAUGUUCAACGCUGCAAGAUAAAAGCAACAGAGAUACUGAGCAGUAUCUGUACAACAUUGUUGAAAUGAAUGCUAUUCCAGCAGCUCAGGUGGUUAUGAGCAAGUACACAGAAAGAAAUCCAGAUGAUGCAUCUGCUUUCACGAUGCUCGGUUACUUGAAUGACUAUCUGGAACUAAAAAGACAGGCAAAAGAUGCUUAUGAGAGGGCUGCUACAUUACUAAAAAACUCUGAGGAUACUGAGAAAUAUAAUAUAGCAAUGCAAAACUACGGAAGAUCUCUAUGUGCUGUUGGUGAGUUUGAUAAAGCCAUUGAGGUUUAUACAUCAAUACCCCUUACUGAGUUUGAUGCCAUUAUGGGGAUAGCACUAGCCUACUUCAAGAAAGGACUCUUAGAAGAAAGUAUUAAAGCCUAUGAGAAAGCUUUGUCUGUUGCGGAGUCUGAACAAGAUAAAACACAUACCCUGACUGCCUUGGCAAUAAUAGAGUAUAAACGAAAUAAAGUAGAUGCUGCAAAGACAUUGCUGUUUAAAUGUUCAUUAAAGGAACCUAGUACAGAAAGUCUGAAGGCUCUGUGCACACUAGGUCUGGUAAAGCAGGAUGUUACGCUUGCAACAGCAGCCUUAAAGGAGUUACUGAAGCAUGAGAAAGGGAGUGAUGGGAUUUAUGAAAGGUGCCUUAUUGCAUCUGCUGUUUAUGCACUACAAGGCAGAAACCUGGGGAUCCAGAGAGAAGUCUCCAAAGCAAUACAUAGUUACCCUGGUAAUCCUGCCCUUUGGUCUCUUCUGUCUCGACUAGUUCCACUGUAUACACCACAGAAGGCAAAAGGGGGAGCUGUGGCAGGAAACAUCGCACAUGCACUUGAUUUAAGACAUGGAAAGGAUGUCCUACUGAAUGUUGCAGUUAAUCAGCUGGCAGCAGGAUGUCACAUGUUAGAAGAUGAGAGAAACAAUCCUCUAAAAAAUAUUCAGAAGGCAAUACACAUCUGUCCAGAUAAUCCUGCUGCCUGGGCAGUGUUAAUGGCAGCCUGUCAUGCUGAAAACACUGUUGUCUGCCUAAAAAACACUCAACCGAAGAAAACAGAUCUAGAGAUGACACUUGUAUCUACAAUUUCAGCCAAAACUGGAGAAAAUAACCUUCCUCAUAAUUACAUCCAAAGUCUUGAAGACUGGUCUCUUUGUCAGGCUAUCACUAGUCUAGAGGAGAGUGGUAGAAUCUCAGAAGCUGAAGCACUUUGUACCAAGGGUUUAAAGAACUGCCCUGAGCACCCAGGUCUGUUUUUGCUUUUGAGACAAAUUCAAUGUAAGCAGUUGUUGCAGUCUCACAAAGAGCUUCCAGAUACCAUCUUGAAGGAGCUUCACAAAACGGUCAUGACCAGUUCAUCUUCCAUUGCAGCGUGGCAGUGGCUGGCAAAAGUGUAUCAGUCUCAAGGAAUGAUGGUUGGAGCAGAGAUGUGUUACAGAAAGAGUCUGCAGUUGGCAUCACAGCAGGGCAGCUGGAGUGGGAAGUUAUCCAGUCUGCUCAGGCUGGCUAUGCUCGCACUGGAAAUCUGCAUGGCUAAUGUCUCAAAUGAGCGCUGGCCAUCUUUGGUUCAGGAGGCAACAACUGAAGCUUUGAAACUCUAUUCCUGUCCCUUGGCAGUUCUCCUGCAAGCACUUCUACAGUAUAUUCGCAAAAUGGGAGCAAGGGAGACUCGUCGAAUGUUGGAGAGAGUGGUUUACCAACCAGGGAAUCCAGAAACCAUAGUGUCUGUGGCUCGCUGGUACCUCCUGCAACAUCUAUAUGCCAAAGAUGAUUACGAAUUAAUAGAUGUACUUGUAGAAAAUGCCAAAGCUAAUGGGGAUAUUAGAGCUCUGGAUCUACACAAGAAAUUGUCAGCAAGUGCCUAGUAUGGACUACCUGAAGUGGAAUGUCUUCUGUUCACGCAACUUAAUCAGGCCAUCCUUCAGGUGUUCUAUGUGGUCUGGGCUUUCUAAUUUGUCUUAGUUUUAUUUCUUGUUGUGUCAACAGCAACCUUUUUUGAACAAAAGUAGGUUGUUCUUUUCUUGACGUAAGUUCCACCAUAAAAUACACUUCACAUGAAAGGAAAAAAAACCUUAUUUUUUGUUUGUUUUCUUCCCUGAAACCUCAGUACUGUUUGCAGUAGUUAUCAUCUUUCCCCAUUGGCCACUCACAAAGAAGUACGAUGUUUACUGCAUUGGUAGUGAUGAAAGCUAACCAAUUGGCAACAAACUUUUCUUCCCUCCCAGAUAUUGUAAAAUAUGCAGAAAUGUAAAAUGUUUUCCUUUUGUUUUCGAACUGAGACCUAAAUCCAUGUAGAAUUUCAUGUGUGGUGUCAGUUUAUGUGCUUUAUGUUUUGGACGUGCGGAAGCAAACCCUAUAGCCUGUUAGGAUAUAAAGCAGAAAUGUUUAAUAAAGAGAAGUGCACACAGCCCUGGUGCAAGGGGUUAACACUCCAAACUUGCACGCCAUUGGGAAAAAGCAUGUUACAGAUAUAGGUUGGACUAAUAUAUGAUCAAUAGUCUCCCCCUGAGUUUUAUUACAUAAGCAUUAGAUUCCCCAUGACCCCACUGGCAAAGACAGUUCUUUUUGGCCUUCUUGCCCAUGUUUUCCCAGGCUUAGUAUCUGCAGUUCACCCUCUCUCUGCCCCCCUCAACAUAAACUAUCUGUAACUACCCUUUGCUUUGGUUUCUAUGAGGCCCCCUUUCCCUUUCAGUAGCAAAGUGCUCCCUUUUCAUUUAUUAUGGGGUCCUUUCGGCUCUUCAUUUUCUGUUAGCUAACUUUAAUUACAGCAGCAUGUCAUGUCCCACCAAUGAGGAAGGGGGUUGUGACUAAAUUUCACUGAGGGGAUUAAUUGCUGUGGAUCUUGUUGAUAGGUCAUAGAGUUUGGUUACUCUGGUUCCCUUUUCCCAUGCAAAAUUCCUGUUGAAAUGCACAGUCAUACUUACCUGUGAAGUAAACAUGUUUUCUCUGUUGGUAGCGGUUCCAUUAGACAUGGGAUGUUUAGGUUUAAACCCUGGUACCAGAAAAUCCCAGCAGUUGCAUGUAACAGGUAAUAGGUAAUAGUCUCGUGCGGGUUGGAAGGGACCUUAGAGAUCAUCGAGUCCAAUCCCCGGGAUUCGAGCCUCUGUGUAGCAGAGCAGCACUUCUACCACUUGCGCCACAGGGGGAAUUUGAACACCCGGGCCCUGGUGUUGCAACGCGGCAUUCCUACCACUGCGCCACUGGGGCACACCAUGUCUUGAAUCAAAAGUUCACAAUUCUGGCAUAUGCCAUAUUUAUAUGGGAUUCCACAUGAGUGUUUUACAGCUAAUUGUCCAUGAAGAGUUCAUUAAUAUGGAGUAUCCUCUUGGGGAUGGGAAUUUAUUUUUUGUUCAUCUAUUAUACUAUCCAGAUUGGACAAAAAAUACUUAUGGGACCAAACACUUUCAUAACAAGAGAGGUCACUGUGAGGUUAGCCGCCCCAUUCAUUAUUAACUUGAAUUCACCAACCUGGAGAUAAAAGGACAACAUAUUCAUGUUGUAGGGGUUCUCCAUGAGGUAAGGAAUCCAACAAUGUACAAGAUUACUUAGGAUCUCUAAUUCUCAGGGACAGCACUUCUGCUUUAGUAUCUUCUUACAAGAUCUCUACAUUGUGCCCCUAAAAUGCCCACUUUCUUCAGGCUGCAAGGGGGAUAUUAUAGUUCACAUGUAGAGCUCUUGCUUCCAGCAUGUAACUCUGUGUGUCUUCCAGGGUUGUAUCAACCAGAAAAUGAUAGUUACUGGAGAGGGUAUGUACCAAGUUGUUCCACUAUACUGCUUAAAUGGGAAUGAGUAAACCCCCACAACAAAGAUUUUUUCUUCCUGCGUGUAUUUUGAAUACACUUCUGGUUUCAUGUUGCUGUCUUUUGACUUAUAAAAUCUGUGAGAAGUUUAACCAAAUAAUGGCAAAUUUAAGGCCUGCGGCUGUUGGGAUGUCCAGACGAAGGCCUCGAUCUGUUUGAUUCCAGAUUUGGAUAAAACCAGUGAUCAGUGUGCCCAUACCAGGUUGGGUGGGCUUAUUCACAUUCCCAGUUUACUGAGAUAAGAUUAUAUUCUUACUCUGUGGAUCUAUAAACUCCUUCUCUGUGUGCCUACCAUCUUCCUCAUGGGGAUAAUGAUACUGCAGAUGGUCUUGUUGAUCUGUAUGUGGUUUCGAGGAAUCAGGCAGGCUUCAAAUCAGAGGAGUUAUUCUGUUCAGAUUAGUAAUUAAUGAUAGCACUGGGGAAGGCUGCUGACAGACUAAAUUUCUGUCAUGUAUUAACUCAAGGCAAGCACCCUUCCACAAACUCUCAGUCAAUAAAGACUGGAUACUCCCAUCUCCAGGGUGUCCAGAACUCCUACCCAAUAGGCAGCUCAUUAAGUUAAUAGCCAUGGCUCCGUUGGGUCAUCAGUAGUUAGGAAAGCUCUGGGCCUCAUCUUCCAACAGCAAAACUCAGUUGCCACUCUCCACACGUACUCUGUCUCUGUUUCUUGAGCUAACCUGCUGUAUUUUUCCAGGACUUCUGGACAUGUUGCCUGCUGAGAAUGGUACCAUCUAGGCAACUUGCUUAUCCUCACCCUGGCCAUGAUUGAUGGUCUCUAUCUUAAUUACUGUCUUUGUUCUUAAGGUGAAGUACUUUUUGUUUACUUUCCAAUUCCUCAGUUACAUACAAGGUGCUUAGGCCUGGUUUCUUGAUCAGCUGUGCCAAGCUUGUAAAUUGCAGCUCACUAUCCAGAACAGAGUCAAGGUCUGUCCAGCCAGGAGAGCUUAUCCUUCAUCCUCUAAUUCAGAGUAUAAAUUUUUCUCUCAGUCUGAUGUAUUGGACGGAGUGAUAGUACAUUUGGCAGUUAGCUGGCUCUGCAGGGUUUUCAUUUGUUCCUGCAAGGAUUUAACCAUUUUAUCAUUAGUUUCUUUAACCGGCUGCCUCUUCUUCUGCGCCAUCACCAGUGCUGCUCCCAGCACAUUACACGUGGUGGUUUUCCCUUUCCAUGGCCAUGCUUUUCAGUUUUUUAUAAGUGUUGCAGUCCUGUUUGUUACAGCAUUUGGAUCAUACCAACUAACACAGGCCCAUGCCAUCCAUGGUGGGAUGGGGCAUGCCUUAUAUUCCUUCAGCUUCUCAGCAAGAGGGGAGCAGUCAGGCCUAGGCAUUUCCUAGGCAGCCAUGGCUUGCUGCUGCAAAACUUAACUUGGCAUAUAGCUUAGAGGUUACUUCCCAGUGCUCCCUCAGUGUAAUCAUUUUGGAACCUGUCCCUUAUCACAGAAUCACAGAAUGACCCGGGUUGGAAGGGACCUCAAGGAUCAUGUAGUUCCAACCCCCCUGCCCAGCAGGGCCACCAAACAUACACCUUUACUAGAUCAGGUUGCCCAGGGCCCCGUCCAACCUGGCCUUGAACACCUCCAAGGACGGGGCAUCCACAACCUCCCUGGGCAGCCUGUUCCAGGACCUAACCACUCUCCUAGUGAAAAACUUAGAACUUACGCAGUGUAUCCCUCUGACUGUGGGCUUCACUAAAUGUUCUCAUCAAGAAAAACUAGUGGUCAUUAGGGACAGGGUCAUAUAUAUAUAUAUAUAUAUACUGUGUGUAACAGGCUCUUUUUAUGUCUUGCUGAUUCUGCUGCUGACUGCUUAAUUGGGUGAAUCAUGACAAUGGUUCUUAAUACAUUAUGUUAAUUUGCCUUUAUGUACAUGAAAAUAAAAAAUGAAUCAGUUAUUCUAA